AUGAAGGUUACUUUGAACGAAACAAUUCUUGCAGAGUCGAACGACACUGUUGUAGUUGAAAACAACCACUACUUCCCCCCGUCGUCAGUCAAAAUGGACUUGUUCACUGAUUCACAGACCAGUACCGUGUGCCCGUGGAAAGGAACUGCUUCCUAUUACAAUGCCAGCGUCGAUGGCAAAGAAGUCAGCGAUAUUGCGUGGUAUUAUCCCCAUCCUUCGGAAAAGGCGAAAUCCAUUGCCGGUUAUGUUGCUUUUUACAAGAAUAAGGUCAAUAUAGAAUGA